UCGCGAAGCCGCGCGUGAUCUGCGGGCGCGCGCGCAGGCUGCCUUCGUCGAUGCUGUAAGGGGAUUCCACGCUGUAUAUUCGCUGGGGGUGGCGCACGCGGGACGCGGUCACUGCCCGCCAUGCAAGCGUGUCCUGCAUCCUCACGGGACGGGGGAGAGCCACUCGCGACGAACAGCCGGUGGCGCAUCGAUUUGUAGUCGCUGAUCAGGUGCGCUCGUCAUAGAGGACAUGACUUGCGAGGUUGAAUGCAGUCGCGGGCCUUAGACUUAUCAGAUGCGGGACGCUGGAGGCGUGUUGGCAGAGGGAGACGUUUGCAGCCAGCGCUAGCUCCAGCCGAGAUACCUGCAACAGCAGGGCGCGGUUUGGCAGCGCUGCUAGAAGGUGCGAGGGCGAGUAUCUGGGAGUUCUCGUGUGGUUUGACUGUAGAGCGUGUGGCAUCCGUCUGGCCCUCACCGACGGAAGCCGCAGAACGCUCUUGUGAUUCCCCGCGUCUCAACUUGAUGCCGAGCUCGGCACCCCAAGAGCCGGGGGCGGGGCGCACAUCCCGGGGCAAGCGGGGAAGGAUCUCACAAAUUGGAAUAGGCAAUCGGGACCGCACACGUGCUGCUUCCUAUGACCGACCAACACCCGUAAUAUCCGUCCGAACGGCCAUUCGGAUUGCGCAGGACCCUCUGCAACUUAUCUCCUACCCUCAUCUUCUCCCCAGCUCGCGCACGAAUCCCCUCAGCGCUCCCCUCCAGCGACAUAGCUCCAUACACGGCAAGGUCGUUCAUGUGGUCUCUAGGACCGUUUUACGGUUGCUUGUGAUGCCAUAUCAGAUCUGCCAAGUGCGGAACCAAUACAUUUCAUCCCUCCAGCUCGCGUUCAGGUCCGGCCGCUUGGCUCGCUUGCUGCUUUUAUAUACGCCAUCGCAUAUCCUUUUUGACCGGGGAUUUAUCGCGCACCGCACUUGAAACGCACCAGGUUCCUGUGUAGUCUAGCCACGGGAUCUCGCGCGCGUCGGCAUUCCAAUAUAAACCAUGCAAAGUGUUGUAC